AUGGAGACAGUAGAAAGCAUUACUGCAAAUAAUAUGACUAACAUGCCAUGGGUAGAAAAAUAUCGUCCGGCUAAUCUCGAAGAACUUGUCUCCCGUGAAGAGAUUAUAAACGCACUUAGAAGAUUAAUCAGCGAAAAUCGACUACCUCAUUUAUUGUUUUAUGGACCACCUGGGACUGGAAAAACGAGUGCUAUUAUUGCCGUAGCUAAAAUGAUGUUUACACCUAAACAAAUGCCAUCAAUGAUUUUGGAGCUUAAUGCAUCAGAUGAUAGAGGUAUCAACAUUGUUCGUGAGCAAAUCAUGAAUUUUGCACAAACAGGAACUUUGAAUAUGAAUCAAAGCAAAAACAAUCCUCCAAAGUUGAUAAUUUUGGAUGAGGCAGAUGCUAUGACAAAAGAUGCACAAAAUGCUUUGAGGCGAGUGAUUGAAAAAUUUACGGAUAAUGUUCGAUUCUGUAUUAUAUGCAAUUAUUUAUCAAAAAUUAUUCCUGCCGUCCAAUCUCGCUGUACUCGUCUUCGUUUCCCUCCUUUGUCAGAUCAACAAAUAUUGCCUCGAUUACGUCACAUCGUGCAAUCUGAAUCAUUAAAAGUAACGAAAAGUGGUGAAGUUGCUUUGCUGAAGUUAGCUGAAGGUGAUUUGCGACGUGUCAUCAACAUUUUGCAGAGUACCGCGAUGGCAUUCAAAAUAGUUGAUGAAAAAACUGUAUAUCAGUGCGUAGGUUAUCCACUGCCGAGGGAUGUUGAGAAUAUUGUAAGAAUUUUAUUGAACGACUCGAUGGAGAAUGCUUUUAUUAAAAUCGAACAAAUUCGAAAUGAACGCUUAUUUGCGCUUAGUGAUAUUUUGAGCUCAAUUCAUGACUUUGUAUUACGCCUUGAUAUACCAUCGCAAUUUUUGUGUCGAUUAGUGGUUGCUAUGGCAGAUAUUGAGUAUCGUUUGUCGCAAGGUUGUUCUGAUCGUUUACAGCUCGGAGCAUUAAUUGGCAGUGGUAUGAUGAUGGGCUAUCCAUUAUCCGCUGCAGACCACCGUCAGCAGCAACAACAGCAGAUGAUGAGUAUGCAAGGUGUGCAGCAGAUGUAUAGUGGAGCUGGUUCUGCUAUGCAAGGUAUGCCUGGGAGACCUUAUCCUACAAGUACUUCUCAGGAUUCUUCGCCUGGAAUGCGGUCAUCAUCUCAACCCACGUAUCCACAAGGAAUGCAUCAACAAACAUCAGAGCAGCAACGACAACAACAGUUCCAAAAUCGUUCUUAUCAACAGCAGCAACAUUCACAGAUGCAACAGCAACAGUCACAGAUGCAACAGCAACAGUCACAGAUGCAACAGUCACAGAUGCAACAGCAACAAAUGCAACAGCAACAAAUGCAACAACAACAGUCGCAGAUGCAACAGAUAUUAGAGCCAGCAAGUGAACCACUAAAAAAAGAAGAGGCAAAAGUGGCUCGACCUAUGAAUCCUCCGCCAUAUUCUCCAGAGAUUUUGAAUAAUCUCUCAAAUUACUCGGUUGCUGCUUUGUCUUGCAUUGGUCGUGAACUAGUUCAGGAAUUACUUUUGAGAACCUAUACACUGAUGACAAGUUUGACGAAAUCUGUUGAUCGUUGGCAUCAGCAGCAGGGUGCCAGUGAUCCUGAGCAGCUAUUGUUGUAUUGUGAAUUUAUUUUAUCAAAAAUCGUAGAAAUAAGGCUGCGAAUUGAUUCUGUGCCAAGGAUUUGCAAAAUCAAUGAAGAUAAAUUCAUUGCAAUGAUGACGGAUUUAAAUCCAGUGGAAAAACCACCUGAGCUGAUAUCGAAGGAAGAAGCGUUUGAAACUAGACGACAAAAACUUGUGAAACUAAAUUCAUCGUUAAAAAAUUUAGAUUGGAUGUGCUUAGCGACUGACCCCCGUUUUUUUAAAAAAGUUGAUAAGAGUUAG